AAACAACACAGGUAGUGCACUGUUUACUAUUCUGUCAAACUCUUUUUUUCUUGAAGUAUAAUAACAAACAGUUCCUGGACUGGAUGUAAAUAAGAAUAUUCCUUCAAGGAUUAUGACUGAAGAACAUUUUACACUUUCCGAAGCUGAGAAAGCCGAGCUGCUGAAUGCAGUAACGAGUGGAGGUGUCCCUGGGUUGAUUAAACACAUCCAGACGAAAAACUGUGAAUGGAAAAAGAUCCCACUAAAUAUUGCAAUUACUGGCGCAUCCGGAGUUGGAAAGUCGAGUUUCAUUAAUGCCAUCCGUGGAUUAACGGCAGACGAUGAAGGCGGGGCUCAUGUCGAUGUUGUUGAAGCUACUAAAGAUGUUAAGCCGUACACUCAUCCCGAAAAUGAGAAUAUGGUGUUCUGGGACCUUCCAGGAGUUGGAACCCCAAAGUUUCCCAGAGAAAAAUACCUAAAAAUAGUGAAUUUUGAUAGCUUUGACUUCUUCCUCAUUCUAGCUGCAGGUCGAUUCAGAAAUAACGAUCUGUGGUUGGCAAAAGAAAUUACCGAACGUAAGAAAAUUUUUCACUUUGUUCGGACACAAUUAGACGUUGAAGUGUCAAAUGACAAGAAAGGACAUCCUAAGUCCCAUAAGAAAGACAAUGUCAUAGAGAAAGUUCGAGCCGACUGUCGGAACAUCCUAGACGAAAAUGGCUUUUCUGAAAUGUCGGUUUUUCUCAUCGACAGCUAUUGUCCUUUUGACUUUGAUUUUAAUUCAUUGACAACAACCCUGAUCGAUGAAACCCUUGAUCGUAAAAGGGAAGCCAUGGUAUUGUCCAUGUCUCUGAUUACAGAUGGAGUUUUAGAAAGAAAAGUAGAAGCUCUUGAAAAGAGAAUCAUCAAGGUGUCUGUAGCUUCGGCAGUCGGCGGCGCGAUACCAAUACCUGGAAUCAGCGGAGUUGUUGAUCUAUCAUUACUGAUAUCCGAAUAUCAGUUCUACAAGAAGCAGCUUGGUAUUGACAAAGAGACGAUAGAAGAAGACGCACGACCUUUGGACAAGGAUCCAAAAGAUUUGAUUAAAGAAUUAGGUCUACAAAGUGGAAAAAUAAAGACUGUAUAUGAUCUGUUACCUGCGUCACACACAUUUUUAGACGUAGUUCAAAGCACUCUGCCACUUAUCCUUCCCAUUUUAGGUAGUUGUAUUGCCGCUGGAAUGUCCUAUUCAUUUGCAGCAGCAAGUCUAAGGGGUUUACUGCAGUUAUGCGCGGAUGACGCAAGAAAGAUGCACAAAGAACUUGUUAUGAAUGCGUUGAACUAGGAAUUUUGACAUAAUGCGUUACCCAAUACAUGUACUACAAAAGGUACUAUAGUCGACUUUUGAAAAAUUAAACAUUGAUUACAUAUUCUCAUAGAUUCUACUCCUCGGCGAACACAUGGGUCAUAUUCCUUUGGCUAGAAAGAUUCUGCACAUACUCUAAGUCAACAUUUUAACGAAAAUGAGUAGUGUUCUGGAAUGUUCAGAACGUGUGCAGAUUGUUCUAAAGAAAACCUGAUGUAGACAGAACAGUCACACUUUUUCUUCAAGGUCUACUGAAACUAACUUUGCACUGGAACAAGCUGUUGUAUGACUUUGCAAUAGAAGUUAUUUACUGUUGUUUAUUGUUCUUUAAAAUAUCUAGUACAAUUAAUAUAUAGAGUCAACCCUGAUUCAGACUAA